UCGGAUAUGAAGCUUCGUUGCGGCCGUUACAGCGAGUAGAUAUGUUCUUUAUAUUUCCCCUAAUUUCUAGUGUCGUCAUGUAUGUGUGUCAUCGUUAGCAAUUCCCGUCUCUUCCGAUCCCGUUCCCCGUUUCGAGGUCAUUCACAUCCUUUUCCUGGCCUCUGGAUAAUGCGCGCGGUUGAUUCUGUAAGGUAUCAAUACAAAUUUGUUGUUUGUUGUUUCGAUGAUGGGUUCUUCGGUGGUAGCUAUGCAUGCCCUAUCUGGGGCAGUACCUGCCCAUUUUAGUCCCAGUUUAUUUGCGAAUGCGCCGCACGUAGCUAUCCACUAUAAAACUCGUGGGAAGUACCGGAGGAAGAGUCGUGCGCUCGCAGCUUCAUGUUCUACAUCAAGAAUGCGGAACGGUUGCCUGAGAGAUUAUGGAUUUAGGAACAUCAAUAACCGAUUGUUGUCUUUGAAAUGCAAGUGCCAGCGAGCUGAGAGUACCAGUGGAGAUGCCAACAAGACCUGGUUCACUGAACCAACGAGUAAGGCAGAUCAGAUUCUUGGUGAGCUGAAUGGGCAGAAAGUUGUUGAUUUUGAGAAUGGUUCUGUCAUCAUGCCUAAUGAUGUAUCAGUCAAUCAGUCAUCGGACAAGACGAGAGGAAACUCUGUUGAGGAUGUGGCGUGGCGGCUUUUACAGGAAUCUGUGGUUUAUUAUUGUGGAACUCCAGUUGGAACUAUUGCAGCAAAGGAUCCAUCUGAUAGCGGUAGCAGUGUUUUGAACUAUGAUCAGGUUUUCAUUCGUGAUUUCAUACCUUCGGGGAUGGCUUUUCUAUUGAUGGGAGAAUAUGAAAUUGUCCGCAACUUCAUUCUUCACACUCUUCAGCUGCAGAGCUGGGAGAAGACAAUGGAUUGUCACAGUCCAGGUCAGGGAUUGAUGCCAGCAAGCUUCAAGAUUAGGACAGUUCCGCUUGAUGGUGAUGACUCUGCUACUGAAGAAGUCUUGGACCCUGAUUUUGGAGAAGCUGCAAUAGGACGUGUAGCACCAGUUGAUUCAGGAUUAUGGUGGAUUAUACUGCUACGGGCUUAUGGAAAAUGCUCUGGAGAUCUCUCAGUCCAGGAAAGAAUUGAUGUGCAGACAGGCAUCAAGAUGAUUCUAAAGCUUUGUUUAGCUGAUGGCUUUGACAUGUUUCCAACAUUAUUAGUAACAGAUGGUUCAUGCAUGAUUGACCGCCGAAUGGGGAUUCAUGGCCACCCUCUUGAAAUUCAGGCACUGUUCUAUUCGGCACUUGUAUGUGCUCGGGAGAUGCUUGCACCAGAGGAUGGAUCAGCAGACCUUAUUCGAGCAUUAAAUAACAGAUUAAUAGCACUGUCAUUUCACAUUCGGGAGUAUUAUUGGGUAGACAAGAGAAAACUCAAUGAGAUCUACAGAUACAAAACAGAAGAAUAUUCUUAUGAUGCUGUGAACAAGUUCAACAUCUACCCUGAUCAAAUUUCUCCAUGGCUAGUGGAAUGGAUGCCUGAGAAAGGAGGUUACUUUAUUGGAAAUUUGCAGCCUGCACAUAUGGAUUUUCGUUUCUUUUCUCUAGGAAAUCUGUGGUCUAUAGUGAGCAGUCUAGCAACUACACAUCAAUCACUUGCCAUUUUGGAUCUUAUUGAGGCUAAAUGGUCUGAUUUGGUGGCAGAUAUGCCAUUUAAGAUAUGCUAUCCUGCUCUCGAGGGUCAGGAAUGGCAAAUUAUUACUGGCAGUGAUCCCAAAAAUACGCCUUGGUCAUACCACAAUGGAGGUUCCUGGCCAACAUUGCUCUGGCAGCUCACAGUUGCAUGCAUUAAGAUGAACAGGCCAGAAAUUGCUGCAAGAGCCAUUGAGGUUGCGGAAAAGCGCAUUGCAGCAGACAGGUGGCCUGAAUAUUAUGAUACCAAGCGAGCACGAUUCAUUGGAAAACAAGCUCGUCUGUACCAAACUUGGUCCAUCGCAGGCUUCCUGGUGGUGAAGCUGCUGCUAAAAAACCCAGAUGCUGCAAGAAACAUAUGGAACGACGAGGAUGCAGAGAUUGUGAAUGCCUUGAACAUCAUCGUCGAUUCCAACCCAAGGAAGCGAGGCAGGAAGGUGCUAAAGAAAACCUAUAUCAUUUGAGGAGACAAGCUUUUAUUUAUUUUGAUCAAGAGAACAAGUUUGAAGCUUUGCAUAUGAGAAAUCGAGAAGGAAGAUGAAUGCCAUUGUUUGUUCCCGAAUCAUACAACACUGUAGUGUUGUACACAUGAAUCCCAUGUUAGCUUUUUCUUUGCAUUCCAUAUGCCAUGAUGGAAUAGGGUGUUAUGUUAUACGACAUAUUAAGAGGAGAAUGUAAAAUUAUGAUAUCAUUGACAUCAUUUAUUUUUCUCAA